GCUGAUUCUACAUUGAUAAAAGAAUAUGAACAUACAUCUGCUGCCAUUCACAGUCAAUUCUUUAAACUGCAUAGGAAUGCUACUGGUUUAUUGUUAAAGUUAUAUAAAAUGUGCACUAAAAAUGUAUUUUUAUCAGUUCACUUGGAAUUGCCGCCUGGACCCCAAGGACCCAGCGGUGGUUAAUAUUCAGUCUGGUUGGGUCAAUGAUUUCCUUUUGUGAGAUUUACAUCGUGAAACAUGGCGUGUGGGGAAACAGGCUGUCUCACAACGGCAGGUUCCUCUUUUCCACCCUGAGGAGAAAUGCCCGGCCCGCUCAUUGUUAGUGAUCUGUUACUGAGCCCACAACAAAAGACUUCUCUCCACAGCUUCCUUUAUGAGAAAAACCAACAAAGACAACGGUGGAAUUCAUGUCACAAAACCUCCACAUGUUUACUUCUGCUAUCUAUACUCCAUGUCUAAAAAAGUGAGCAGUUGGUUUUUGUAAAACAAAGACACCUGUACAGGUGGGGAGGCCCGAGCAGCAGCUGUGAAGUAAAGCAGGAAAAAAAAAUCACGCAGAGGAAAAAUGGGGAAUUCCUCUCCUCAAUGAACUUCACUGUUUGAUGUAACAUGUGAUCCGAUUCACCUGGCUCUCCACGAUGGUUAAAAAAACUCCACAUUCCUUGAAAAUGUACUCCCAGAGUUACACAACUACCAAAAAAAAAAAAAGCCGACAACCAGAGAGUUGAAUUUGUCCCACUCUGUUUAUGCAACCCUAUUUGUAACCGAAUCCCCGUUUUUAGAAGAAGCGUGUGACGGUCUGCCACCAAACGCAGGCUCACCUCUGCUCCCUGUGAGGGUCGGGUGUCCCACAACAAUGCGUGUCCUGGAAAUGAAGGAGAAUGCUUCACAAAGGGGCAUCGUAGGCUCCACCUAGCCCCCAGAGGCCCACUCUUCGUGUCUGGUUGAUGAUGUUCCGGAGCAACAAGACGGUGCACAAAUCUGAAUCUUCUUGUGUCUAUAAAUAAACUCUGGUUAAUUAUCAGCUAUAAUAUUGAUGGGUGUUAGUGAGAAAUAUUUGACUAUCAAUUUUUUUUAUGGGAAAGGAACCACACUUUUUUUUUAUUAUUUGAGAAGAUUAAUCAGAUCUCAACCAGAAAAUUGAUUAAAGGAACAUUUUAUAGCUAAAUUUAUCCGAUCUGAACUCUGAGAUGUCUCUAAAAAGCUGCUCUGGACGGCUGAUCUUCAGGGUUAAAGGUCAAGGUGGGAGCUUUGGACAGUGUCUAAGUUUUUGAUCAGAGACCACAACACACCCAAGGGCCCGGCGGAGCAACUAGAAAAACCAGCUUCCCAAGAUUAUGAGAGAAGCAGCUCAGUGAGCGAGCAAGUCUCCACCUCCUCGCGGCUCUUGCUCCGCCUCCUCACUUAAACACUUUCACACAGAAGCUUGACUCCAAACUCCCGGAGUGUGUCUGUUCCUCACAGAGCAAUUAAAUAGUCAGUGGACGUUUAUAUAUAUAUAAAUAUAUUGUUUUUUGGAGUAAUUUUCAAACUCCACCUGCCGUCCCAGGUGGAGCAUGCCCCCCUCGGUGUGCUGAGGGGUGGGGGCUCUCUGACUGCUCAGGCUCCCUUCAGGGAAGGUCUUGAGCCGGAUCCAGAGACGGAGCAGCUCAGGCCUCUCUGAAGAUGUCUUCUGUCUCACCUGUGACCUCCACUACAGUCACAUCCAGCACUACGGCCGCCACGAAAUCCCAACAACAAAUCCUCAUCCAGAGCUCCGGCGCCAUGAUAGCUAUCAUUGUCGUUGGCCUCAUUAUCAUUCUUGCCGUUCUACUCAUCAUCAUGAAGACAUACAACAGGCGGACACAAGCGUCCAGACUCCUGGGGGUCAGGUCGGGCUCCAAGCCUCGUCCUAAGGUAUCUCAGUCCACGGCUCAGAGCAGCCUGCCUCUCAACACCUUUGGAGUCAACUCCAUAUCGGGCAGCAUCACCCACUCAAACCCGGGCUCGGAGAGCAGCUUCCGGCUACCCAGAGUGGAGCUACCCAGCGUGGAAGAGAACCGCAUGGAGCAGUUCAGCACCAACAGUGACUCCACCAUGGUCACCAUCCACGAGCCGACCCCGUCAGGAAACACAUAGCGCGUACUCAUAAACUUGCUGUCAACUCUAAACCAGACUGAGAUGUUGAAUUGUCGUUGACCACAGACUGCGCCGACUGAAUCCUGGGGAGGUCUGUGUUGUCUGAUCUCCACCAGCUCCACCCUGAUGCUCUAAGGAUGAACAAAAUGUGACCAGAAACAGACACAGUGGAUUUUAUGAAGGAUAUUGAAGUUUUUAUCUGGUGGAUUCAGUGUUCAGAAUAAAAAUGCCAUGAUUUUCCUCAGUUGACUAAAUUUAAGAUAAAAUCUUAAACAACUGUGACUCUAAAACUGUCGAUGUCAAACUCUUUUCAGUGGCAUAUUUUGCAGAGGCAGCAUGUCCUCAUCCACUGUUUUGGAAAUUUUAUUCCACUAUGUGUAUUUCUGCAUUAAAAAAUGUUAUGACUAUAUGUUUUUAGAAGCCCUUUUAGAAAAGGUUUAUAAUUUAGAGAAGAAAAACUCACAUACCAGUAUGACUGAGUAGUUAUGUUUCUUUUAAAUAAUGUUUUAAGAAGUUACAUUAUUUACAAAAUCUUGUUUACCUGGCGUCAUGCUGUAUUCGUCCUCUUCUUAGAUAUUUGUUUCUUUCUUUAUGGCAAUCAAUAAGACAGUAAUGUAGUGUUUUUGUACUGUAGACAAUAGAUAUAUUUUUGUUUUUACUUUUCCUUAACCAUAACCUAUUUUUGUUCAUCCCCGCCAAAUUGAAACCAAAAUACUUUGCACUUUAUGUUCUCUAUAUAUUUGUAAUAUUUGUGGUUUCACUAAAUUAAUGUUAUAAAAUAAAAAAAAAUGUGUUAUUUUUA